UUUCUCUCUUUUUCUGUCUCUCUCUCUCUCUCUCUGCUCGCCCCCUUCUCCCUCCUCCACCUCCCCCCCACCUCCCUUCUCUUCCUACCUGAUUCAGAUCGGCUCUGGCGCUAUGCGUGUGACCGCGUCUCUUUCUGCAAGGCGAGCUCCACGCGAGAGACCCGCGCGCUGCUGACCGCGAGACCGAGAGACCGAGAGACCCAGACGCCGGAUGAAGAGCCACUAGGGCCGGGCAACAGGAGCCAGAGACGCCGCAGCUUGAUGGAGGACAAGGAGGACGAAAUUACCGCGUAAAAAAGAUUUGGCCGUGGACAAGAGGGAUCGGCAGCGUCCCAUUCGUCACCCUCUUCCUCUCCUUAGCCAAGCUCCAGUCUCUCCUUCCUCCUACACUGAACCUGGCAAACUUUUCUUUCACACGUUUGUCUUCUCUCCCUCUCUGUCCUCUUCCUCCAUCUUUUAUCUUCCCUCCCUGACUGUGAGCCUGUCAUGGCGUCCAAACUGAACCCAAACGUCCUGUACGUGGCGGAGCCCGGCGAGCCGCUGGGGUCGCCACAAGACUCUGAGAGGACCCACAUUGCUGGAGAAGCUGGAGAAGAGUCAUCCGACAGCGACGGGGAACAAGAGGAGACGUCGCACAAGUUGAUCCGCAAAGUGUCGACCUCGGGACAAAUAAGGGCAAAGAAAAGUGUGAAGGAGGGAAUCCUCUUAAAGCAGACCAGUUCUUUUCAGAGAUGGAAGAGGAGGUACUUCAAACUCAGAGGGAGGACACUCUACUACGCCAAAGACUGCAAGUCUCUGAUUUUCGAUGAAGUGGACCUAUCAGACGCCAGCGUGGCCGAGACCAGCACCAAGAACAUCAACAACAGCUUCACAGUGAUCACUCCAUUUCGCAAACUAAUGCUCUGUGCUGAGAGCAGGAAGGAAAUGGAGGACUGGAUCGGCGCUCUCAAGUCCGUCCAGAAAUGGGAAACCUACGAAGCCAGCCAGUUCAACAUGGAGCAUUUCUCCGGGAUGCACAACUGGUACGCCUGCUCUCACGCCAGACCGACCUUCUGUAACGUCUGCCGGGAGGCUCUGCCAGGCGUCACUUCCCACGGCCUGUCCUGCGAGGUUUGCAAGUUCAAGGCUCAUAAGCGCUGUGCAGUCCGCUCCACCAACAACUGCAAAUGGACCACACUGGCCUCCAUAGGAAAUGACAUCAUUGAGGAUGAGGAAGGGGUGAGUUAUAACUCAGUGAGAGAAGACCUGUCGACAAAAAGAAAGCUUACCGAGCGGAUCAACUUACAAGGCUAA